GUUUAUGUAUGUACUUUUAUAGUAAAUUGUAAUUUUUUCAAUCAUCAAUAAUUAUGGUCUAAACAAGUACACGCGUAAUUAUGUGCGUAAACGAUUCUUCAGAUCCACGCACCUGCAAUAAGCUAUAAAAUUUGGCUGGUUAAUAUAUUUCAUGAUGAGUAAUAAUUACAUUCGGUCUGUUAGCUGUGUAGAAGAAGAUGAUAGAUGUAUGAACAACGUAGAAAAAUCACAAUCGAUGAAACCGGAUGCAAUGAUUCCGAAUCAUAAUACAAUUAUGGCUCAGCUUGCAUUGCAAAUCGAGGUUCAGGGGGCGACUAUUAACCAAUUAUUAUCAAAAAUUAGCGAAAUGAAAACUAAUUUUCAAAUGGAACUUCAGUUGAAGGACAACGAGUUCUCAAAUUUGAGGAAAAAAUAUGAGCAGCUCCAAAAUAGAGUAACAGAAUAUGGAGAUAAUUCAUCGAAAAUUGUUCAACCAAAUUUUUAUCACCAUUAUCAAUAUACAUUGGACAAGUUUAUCAAAGAAAUUGAGUCACUGAAAAGAAAAAACAAAGAGUUGUUGAAUGAAAAAAAUUAUUUGGUAUCAAAAUUAGCAGAAAAGUGUGAACAAUGUCCAAUGGCAUCGUUUGACGAUGGAAACGAAAGCUACAAUAUUAUCAGCAAAUUAACUAAAUCGGAGAAGGCUGAAAACGUGGACACGAGAUGCUGUGAUAAGUUCUCCGAUUUGUAUGUAACAGAACUCAAUGAAAAUCUGGCUUUCGUUGGUGUUGUUGGUGGCGUUGUCCAAAAAGCCUCUGAUGUUAUCGAAGUCCAACAAACUCAGACAAUCGAAAAUCCAAUGAAAAUCUUCGAAGCUAGUAUCGAUAAAGUAUCAUUUACAAAGACUAUCUCAAGUGAUCUCGAAGUAGAAUCGAAUCACCUAGAUGCGACGAAGAAUGAUGUAAUUUUCACUGAAGAAAACUGCCGUAAAAUGAUCACCAAAUCCACCGGUCAUAGUGACAUAAAAAACAUCAUAAAACUGGACCAAAUCACAACGUUUAAGACUACUGUUAACGAUGAAAAUCGAGGGUCUACUGAAGAAAGAGGGUAA